AUGGAUUUUGGAGUGGUGCAGGAUGACAUCAUAGAGCAAACAUGUCUUUCUGUCUCCACAGUCAUGACUGCCUUCUCAGAGCACAACACAAAGUUGGUGAGGGAACAUUUAGCGGCUGAGAAAAAAGAGGUAUUAAGAGAGAGGGAUAGACUGAACUGGAAUCUUCGGGUCAUAUAUCAGCUUGAUGAUUCUCCUGUCAAGAAAUAUUGUUCACAAAAAGAUGACACAGGAGGUAAUCACCCUUCUUAAACAUUAAAAUACAUUACUUAUUAGAUAUUACACUUUCAAUUAAUAUACAGUCUUAAUAAUACUAAUAUUGUUUAUAUUGUAGCGUUAAAACUGUAAUGUUUUAUUGUUGUAGAGAGAGCGUGUAACUCUUGUCAACAUGGCUGGAUGUUGUUCAAAUCUAGUUGUUACCUGAUUUUGCACCCUGCCGCUCCAUGGAAGACCUGGACACAAAGCCAACAAUAUUGCAAACAAGAGAAUGCUGAUUUGGCUGUCAUUGGCAGCCAAGAGGAACAGGUGGGACACUGGUACAAACAAGACUUUAAAGGGACAUAUUCACCCAACCUUUAAGAAACUCAAACAAUGAAAAUGAAUAAAAAGUGAAAUAGGAACUAGAUUAAAAUGUGUGAUAGCUAUGAUCUCAGGGUAAAGCAGUCAUAACUGAAAGACAAAAGAACAAAGCCCAUUACAAUGCUACUUCCUCUUUUGCUCUUUGUUAAUUUCUAAUUUGGACCUGAUUAUAUCCAUUAGAUCCAGGAUUUACACACUGCCUCCCGAAAAUUUGAAUUACUGUAAAGAAAACGCUUUCUACUAACACCUAAUUUGUGGUUUCACUCACUUCUCAUUAAGGAAUUCAUUCAUAACAACACUAAAUACUACCAUGAUGAACAUCAUGGGUACUGGAUCGGCCUGUCUUACAAAGCUAAAGUCGGCCAAUGGCUCUGGGUUAACGGAAAUAAUCAGAAUCAGACUGAUGGGUAAGGACAUUUUAUUCAGCGUAAACAACAAUGAAUCAUUGUUAAAUUAUUAUUUGAUUCAGUCAAUUCUUUCAUUCAUGGUGGUGUUCUCUUUUCACAGGUUUUGGAAGAGACAAACUGGAGGUGAUUGCAUGUUAACUGUCCCAAAGAAUGCACCAUUGGCUAAUUGGAAUGCUGCAUGGUGUGACAUGGAGAACCGUUGGAUCUGUGAGAGUAGAGCAUUAAUA